UUUUAAUCAACAAUUGGUGGAUGUUGAAACGCUUGCUGAUGCAGCUGAAUUACCGUCUGAAAAACUUUCCGAAAUACUCGAUGAAAUGAUUCGUCAGCAAUCGGAAAAAAAAAUACCAUGUCUGGAAUUCGUAAAAUUAGUAGCAAAUUGAUGAAUAAACUGAAAAUUGGACAUUCUGGAAGUAGCCAAAUGUCUCUUAUGGCGGAUCAAAAACCAAAAGUUUCCGAAUUAUCGUCACCAAUUUUGCAAACAUCACUACCACACCAUCAUUCAACCAGUAAAUCAGCAGAACAGCAGCCGGUUUUCACUCUUGAUGAACAAUCAUCCAUUUUACCGUCACCACCAUUACCAACAACUGGACCGACAUCCAACUAUCGAUCAUUGUUUCGAGAGAAUGAAACGGAUACUAAAUGUGCUUAUCUGUUUCGUGGUGAUUCACUCUACAACAAAAAGCCAUCAGAUUCUGGAUCUCUUGAUAAUAAUGUUGAACGUAUUUACGUGUAUGAUCCGUUUUGUCCAAUCCAUGGCUCUAGACGUCGAAUGAUUAACAAAAAGACAAGAAUUCGCGAUUUCGAUUAUCAUUUAACGAGUAUUGAAUCGGUUGAUGAUACUGAACCAUCAGGAGCGUUUGCCGCAAAAUUAAUCCGGAAAAGACGCCGUGCUCUCCUAUCUGGUUCUGAGAAAUACCGAUGUGAUAAGGCGAAACGGAAGAUUCGAGUGAAUUUAUGGAUCGUUAGCUUGACAUUUUUAUUCCUCUUUACAGCUUUUCAUGGAUUGCAGAAUUUGCAAUCCUCGAUCAAUGGUCGUCUUGGAACAGAUUGUCUCUCAAUCUUCUAUAUCAGCUUAUCACUAUCAUACUUAUUUGUUCCAUCAUUCAUCUUAAAUCGCCUUGGAUGUAAACGUACAUUAAUCGCAUCAUCAGGAAUAUUCAUGAUUUACAUGUUAUCAAAUUUUUUGCCAAAAUAUUACUCGCUUAUUCCAGCUUCUAUUCUUGCUGGAUGUGCUGGAAGCUGUCUUUGGGCAGCAAAAUGUGUAUACAUUUUAGAAUGCGGAACAAAAUAUGCGCAAUUAAAUAUUGAAGCACAAAAUAUUGUCAUCAUCAGGUUUUUUGGUUACUUUUUUAUGGUACUUCAUUUGGGUCAAGUAAUUGGUAAUCUUAUUUCAUCCUUCAUUUUAACAGCUGCAACUAGUCAUCGUCAAUUAGAAGAUCAGGUGCAGAAAUGUUGUGGUCAUUUAUUUCAUGAUAAUUUGUCGUACUUAAGUGAUCAAGCAAUCGAAAAUUUGCGACGACCUGCACAAAAUGUUUAUUUGUCACUUUGUGGUAUUUACUUCUGUUGUACCAUUGUGGCACUUAUGAUCGUGCUCCUUUUUCUAAAUUCGCUAAGAAAAGAUGAAAUUACCAGAUUAGAAGAACCAUUUUUUUCAACAGAUAUUUGUAAGGCGAUAUUUCGAAAUCUUACUUAUCCAAAGUCAUUGCUACUUGUACCAUUAACAUUUUUCAGUGGUGUUGAACAAGCAUUUGUCGUAGGCCUUUAUACAAAAGCUUACAUUGGUUGUGGUCUUGGUAUUGGCCAAAUUGGUUUCAUGAUGACAGGAUUUGGCGUAGCAGAUGCUAUAUGUAGCUUAGUUUUUGGGCCAUUAAUGAAAUUAUUUGGACGAAUGCCUUUGUUUGUUUUUGGUGCUGUUAUAAGUAUGCUUGUAUCAUUAACACUUUUGAUUUGGCCUUUGAAUCCUGGUGAUACAUCGUUAUUCUACGCUAUCGUUGGUGUUUUAGGCAUGGCUGAUGGCGUUUGGAAUACUCAGAUUAGUGGAUUAUGGAUAACGUUAUCUUCUAGUCAACUAGAAGUUGCAUUUGCUAAUUAUCAUUUUUGGGAAUCAACCGGUUUUGGUUUUGCACUUAUUCUUAUCCGUUUUACAACUAUCACCCAAUUUUUACUUAUUUCAUUAGGAAUGUUAUUGAUUGGAAUGCUCUGUUAUUUGAACAUUGAAUUUUAUGAUAGUAUCAGUCUAUAUAUUAGACGAAUGGUUAGCAUAUGUCCAAUUAGAUAUAAAAGACAAUUUGCCAAUAAAACACUUCCAUCAAUGGAAACGUCAUUGAUCAGUGCGACAAGUGCGCCAGAAAAAGUAUGAGAUGGAACCGUAAGAUGAAUGAAG